ACCAGUCAAGAAUCUUGCAGCACCCUUUUUUGUGCUUGCUUACAGAGAGAGACGUGUAAGUUGGGAAGAGGAAAGAAGUGAGGAUUUGAAGAAAUGGCGAUUACUCUGAGCAGCGGCUUCAAAAUGCCGGCGGUUGGCCUCGGCGUUUGGCGUAUGGAGGGCAAAGAUAUAAGGGAUCUCAUCAUCAACGCUAUCAAGAUCGGCUACCGUCACUUUGACUGCGCUGCUGACUACAAGAAUGAAGCGGAAGUGGGUGAGGCACUGGCAGAGGCUUUUCAGGCGGGGCUUGUCAAAAGGGAGGAACUUUUUAUCACAACCAAGCUCUGGAACUCAGAUCAUGGUCAUGUUCUUGAGGCUUGUAAGGACAGUUUGAAUAAGCUGCGCCUAGAGUAUCUGGAUCUCUACCUUGUUCACUUCCCCAUAGCCACUAAACAUACAGGAGUUGGUGCGACCUCAAGCGCCAUAGCAGAUGAUGGUGUUCUGGAUAUAGACACUACUAUAACAUUGGAGACAACAUGGCAUGCCAUGGAAGAUCUAGUUUCCAAGGGCCUGGUUCGCAGUAUAGGAAUCAGCAACUAUGACAUUUUCCUUACCCGGGAUUGCUUAGCAUAUUCAAAGGUUAAGCCUGCUGUGAAUCAAAUCGAGACACAUCCUUACUUCCAGCGUGAUUCACUUGUCAAAUUCUGUCAAAAGCAUGGAAUCUGUGUCACAGCUCACACACCUCUUGGAGGUGCUGUGGCCAACACUGAAUGGUUUGGUUCAGUAUCAUGCCUGGAAGAUCCAGUUCUUAAAGGCAUAGCUGAAAAACAUAAAAAGACGGUGGCUCAGAUUGUGCUGCGCUGGGGCAUCCAGAGAAACACUGUCGUGAUUCCUAAGUCAUCAAAAGUUGAAAGACUGGAAGAGAAUUUCAAUGUUUUCGGGUUUGAACUUGGCAAUGAAGACAUGGAGCUGAUCAAGAGCGUGGACCGUAACCAUAGGACCAAUCAACCAGCAAAGUUCUGGGGCAUAGAUCUGUAUGCCUAAAUUUACUUUCUACUCGUUUUUGUCAUGUGACUCACUGUUUUAGGCAUUGCCUUGAAUGUUUGUUCUUUGUUCCUCAGAUGAUUCUGUAAUGUCAGACUAUGAAAUUGAUUCCUAAGGCAAUAACAUGAAAUUGUUCUGAGGUUACAACUAA